AUGCAGGCCCGUACCUUUACACAUACACCCAAAAACAUCCUCAGCGCGUUCAAAGCUACUGGAAUAUAUCCCCUCAAUCCCCGCCAGGUACUUGAACCGUGCCUUGAAAAAGCCAAGGCCCUGAACGCCGAGAAAAAGCAAGCAUUGGGUCCCCGUACACCCCGUCAUGGAAAAAGCAUUUCAAUCCACACCAAGCGCACCAUUGCUUUAGUAGGCAAUGCAACACCUAGUAGAAAGCUGGCGCAGAUUAUGGUUGAGAAACUGGGCCUUGCCGCUGAAGAAUCAUCAGCAGAGGUAGUUGUCCUAUGGCAGGAGUUAGCAUAUUUGAGGAAGAAAGAAAAAGCAAAUUCCGACUCCUCAAGGGUACAAAGUAGAGCUGUUCUCUCCAAAGCCCUCGUAGUUACUACAGAUGAGGUUGUACGUCUGCGCAAUCAAUGGGAGGAAAAGCAAAAGAUCACCGCUGCGAGAGCUAUAGCAAAAGAGUUGAAGGCAGCGGAGCGGACAUCAAAGAGCGCCGAUACAGACUGCGCCGAGCCCGCAAAUCUCGGCAGGAAACUCACCAAGGUUAGAGGCCGUCCAAAGGGACAGCUUCCAAUUGAGGAACCGGCUGAACCUGGGACUCAGGACCCUGAAGGCUCAGAGUGCGAGUGGGAAGAGCUGGAAGCGGAUAGGUGCACCCAUACAAAUGUCACAACCCAAAGUGGUAAGAAAAAUGCCCGGAAAAUGAAAAUAUAUGUUGUACAUGAUAGUAGUAAUAGUCCAAAGCCGGGGGAUUCUGUUAGGAGACUUAGAUCUAGAAAAUAA